CGGUAACGGUUACACAUGGACCUUCAAAUGCUAUGUAGGACUAACAAACAUAUCGCCACCUAAAACCAUUAUAGCUUAAAACUAUUCCAAAGGUAUAAAUGCCAUUGGGAGUAUGGGUGUAGGUUGUUCUGUUGUGGACUAGCGAAUCAUCAAGCGUAUCUCUCAGUGGACGUCAGAUCUACUCUACCAGGCCUCCAGUCGGUCUUGUCUGACAUUGUAUUUGCUAACCGGGGUUCAGAAGUUUUAAAUUUCAUUGAACUUUGCCAUUGACAUGGGUCAAAUAGCGCGCGCUUUCAUAGUCUUAGGAGUAGAUGGUGCACGCGCCUGAAUUUACAAAAAUGUCUGUGACGGGGCGAUUGUUUCAGUGUGUGAGCAGACGACAGUCGGACAGGAACUCCCGGGAAGGCAGCAGCUCGUCAUAGAGAGAUAUAUCUAUACCAGCUGAUAGUUUUGGUGAUAUUGAAUAUUAAUAUAUUUCUGUGAUAAUAUUACCAAGAUCAUCAUGGGGUAUUCAGUGUUGUUAGCGGUAUGUAUGUACGGGAUGUUGCUUGGUGUGUCACGUGGGUUCAGAGAUGGCGACAUACGACUGCUUGGGGGUCGGUCAUCAUCGGAGGGGACUGUCCUGAUCUACCAUAGGUUCCGAUGGGGAGCUAUCUGUGACUACAGCUGGGAUAUAAGGGACGCUAAUGUCGCUUGUCGCCAGAUAGGAUUUGUCAGUGCUAUUGCCGCAACUGCCAGAAGCCGAUAUGGACAAGGAAGACGGUUUAAGUGGAUGUCAUACAUGCACUGCCGAGGAAACGAGAUUCACUUAACUCAAUGUCGCUAUCCUGGGUACGGACGGGGAACAAGACACAGGUUCUGCUCGGGUCGGUUCACGUCUGCUGGGGUCAAAUGUCGCGAACAUGAUACUACAACCACUACUACCACAAGGGCCACUACCCCAAAACCAACCACUGCGAAGCCAACCACCACAACCACCACCACCACUCCGAAACCCAUCAUUCGCGUCAUUGAUAACGGUCCUGCUGCAAUGAUGGACGGUAGGAAUUCCGGUUACGUCAUUCUUCCUGACAUCAAUCCUGGUUCUUCCGUUUCUCUUAGAGAUCCAGCGUACAGUAAUGUAUUGGGGGCUGAUAACGAGAUAUCACAAAACAGGGUCAUGAUACCUGUUACUCCUGCUCCUACUGCUAGACCCACAACAACCACAACAACUACAACACCGAAACCAACAACCACAACAACCACAACACCGAAACCAACAACAACAACCACAACACCGAAACCAACAACCACAACUACCACGACACCGAAACCAACAACCACAACU